AAUGGAUCGAGCGCCAGCAAGCCAAGAACAAGUUCUACUAUUACCACCAGAAGUUUCGUCGCGUGCCUGACCUGAGCGAGUGUCUGGAGGGCGACUACCUCUGCUUCUUCGAGGCCGAAGCACAGUGGAGGAGGGACAGGAUGGUUGAUCAGGAAAUCGUGGAGAUAGUCCGGGAAAGAUUAGGUGCAUGCAAGCAGAGGGAAGGACCCAACCAGUUCCAGAACUGUGCCAAGGAGAUGGAGCAGCUGGUGCAGGUCACCAAGGCCUACCAGGACAGAUAUGGUGAUCUUGGUGUCCACGGAAAUGCAAGGACGUGCCUGAUGAAGCAGAAGCACAGGAUGAUAGAGGAGAGAAAGGCACAAGCAAACGCAUCUCAGUAG